AACUUUAGUCUAUGAAAAUCAUUAACCUAGCUUGACAGAAUCAAGAUCGAGGCAGUCAGUAUUGUUCAAUGACUUAUAGUAAGGUAAUAGUAACUGCAUGUACAAAAAAACAGAACACAAGUUGAAGAGUCAACAUAAUUAUACAGAGCAUUUUUACUCAAAACAAUGGCUGACUCACAAGACAGAGUGCAGGUUUGGAAUCAGAAAAUUGAGAGAGAUAAAGUGAGAGCUGGUGACCACAUAUACGUCCAUGAAGCUGGAGGCAUCUUUAACAAGCAUGGAAUUGUCAUAUGGCAAGAUAAUGAAGAUAUAAUUGUAGCCUACUACAACGAAGAGUCCGAUUCUAUCGAUACAUACUCAUUGGAAAACUUUGCAGAUGGAAAUUGUAUUCGAUUGUAUGUGUAUGGGGUUUCAAAGAUAAGGAAACAAUUUACGCGGAGAGGAAGUUGUUCAAUAAGGAGAUGCCCGUUACCUCAAGAGGUGGUGCAGAAUGUACUCUACUACGUUAAUCACCUAGAUGAAGUUCAAUUCAAGACUUUUCGAAACCAAAGCGAAUCUUUUGCCACAGCGUGCACUAGUCGUACAUCACUAGUUGUUAAGAAUCCAGAGUUUCCCGAGACAGAUGAUUCUUCUCUCAGAGUGAAAUAUUUUACUCACAGAAUUCAGCGAGACGACCUAAAACCAGGAGACCACAUCUAUGCCUACAGAAAGUUGAGAAUCUAUGCCCAUCACGGUAUCUACAUCGGCAAAAACAAGUCAGGAAUACACAUUGUAAUCCACUUCACCGGAGAUCCAGGGACCAAGAAAUCAAAGUCCUCGGCUAAAAUAAGGACAUCAAGUCUGGACGACUUUUUAGAUGGAGCACAUCUGAGACUUGUAUCUUACGACGAUGGCUCGUCAAUUAUUAAAAGAAGCGGUAUAUCACAAUUUGUGGAGAGUCUGCCAGCUUCUGAAGUGGUAGGAAUGGCUGAGACCUUCGCUAUGGAUCCCGAUACAUGGGAGGACUACAACUUUUUCACUAACAACUGUGAACAUUUUUGUAUCUUUUGCAAGACUGGAAAAAAAGUUAAACUUGUUUAUGCUAUCUUUGAAGGCAUUAUGGAUCAAACUCAUAACAUUUGGGUAUUUCCUGUUGCGCUUGCAUACAACACACUGGACAUGCUAUCAUAAGCGAUUAAAUCAAAUGAGAUGAACAACAACAUAAUAUUAUGUAUGUGUGUUACUAGCUAUAGUAGAAUUCGUAUGCUGUAUAAUUAUUGUAAUUACUGCAUUUAAAGUUUGUUUGUUUGUAUCACAUUCGGACCAGUAAUUGUAGCCUCUUCGCAGGCCUUCCUUUUUCAGUUAUAAUUUUGUUUCUGUUGUUUGUCAC